GAGAAAACGCAAAAAAAAAAUAAAACAUGGAUGUGGUGGCGGACUUGGGGGCGAGUAGACUUUAUCGGGCGCCGGGUGAAUCGAGUCACCAGUGAGUAUCGAUGGGUUUUGUCAGGAAUAUCUCGUGGGGCGUAAGCGGGUCCUGCUGACAUCUCACGCCUGGGAAAGAGUCGUUGGGUUUGGGCAGCAGGCAAAUCCUCCCCGCUGCUCGCUGCGCUCCGGACCUCCGGCGAGAAGUGGGGGUGGUGGGGAACAUGAAAACGGGCGUAUUAGCGCGCCUUAUCCCGCAUGUAAUGCACUAUCUAUCCAUCUGAUAGCAGAAUGCUCAGUUGCUGUAGGUUUGUGUCUAUUUUUUUCUAUUGUGUGCUGGAUGGAGCCUGAAGUGGGCGUCGCUCCAGGACAGACUGGGUUGCUCUGGUGCGCCGCUGCCCGCUUUUUUCUCGCAGGACUGCAGCACUCCGGUGUCGUUUUUUAGGUCGCUUGAUGUCUGAAUAAACGGAUGAUAGCUCGGGUAAAACAUCAGACUCGGUUUCAAUGUGACAUGAAGAGCAGCAUGGAGUGACGCGGGCGGGCGUUUCACCGUGGGUUAACGGGCGCUGUGGAACCUGCCUGUGAGCUUAACCAAAUAAACACUGUAGGCUGUACAUGCAGAGUCUUCAGUAUAAUGUUUAAAUAGGUUACUUGGGAAGAGGAAGAAGGUGAGGUUGCGGCAUAUUUUUUUUUACUCUUGAAAUGACAUGUCCGGCUAUGUCAGUUUUAUUUUUUCUCCACCCAUCAGCCUGACGUGUUUGCAAAAUCAGAGAUUUGACGCGUGCCUCAGCGUGCCUCAGGGAUGAUUACAGGUUUUUUUUUUUUUUUUUGUCACCCGCUGCUCUCUGACUGGAGUCGGGUGUAGCCCAUUAGAAGAAGGUUAUGAUUGAAGGCUCGUCCAGCCAAUCUUUAUGCAGAGUAGGCUCCUAGGGGCGGGCUUCCUGCGGAGCUGGAAGUGGGCCAGUGCAGAAACAAAGGCAGUAGAUAAUUGUAAUUUACUUCAAGAGGGUGUCUGUAUAGUAACCAUUGGCCGAGGUAAGCUGACUAUCAUAAUGUCAGAUGUCCCAUGAAUCACACUCCUGGAGCACAUGCGUCCUUCCAAAAUAAUAUAGGCUAGUAUUCAGAUGUUGUGUGCGUGUAGAAUCAGUCAAUUUGUAGCUGUUAAUUUAGCUCUGCAAGGAAGAAAGUCACUCCAUUUCAGCAAUGUGUCUAAAAGAAUUGCAAAUCAUAUGUUAUGUCAUGCUCUUGCACAAUACUUUUUUUUCUUUGCUGAAGACAGAAAGUGUGGUUCUGUUAUUUUUGUCUCCUGCAGGCAACCUCAGAGAUGGUUCAACACUGCUGACAUCACCGUGGCUCACCAAAACAACUUGCUCAAGCAACUUAACCAGCAGCGACGCCAAGAGCUUUUCUGUGACUGCAAUGUGCUGGUGGAGGGCCAGCUCUUCAGGGCCCACCGCAAUGUCUUGUUUGCCAGCAGCGGCUACUUCCGCAUGCUGCUGUCCCAGGGGCCGGAUGGGCUGUCCGACUCUGUCAACGCUACCUUUGAUGUCUUCAGCCCUGAGACUUUCACCGUCAUCCUUGAUUUCAUCUACUCUGGGCAGCUUGACCUCUCCAGUCACAAUGUGAUUGAGGUGAUGUCUGCAGCCAGCUAUUUGCAGAUGAACAAUGUCAUCAGCUAUUGCAAGAACUUCAUAAAAUCUUCCUUGGACAUCAGUGUAAAAGAUGAAGACAGUGAACGAUGCCACAGCUUGUCUGAGACCUGCAGUUUCACCAGUGGAACAGGAGAAGAGACCUCAGAGCAGCAGCAGCAGGGCCCCUGCUCUGUCAGCCCACCACCAGCUCUUUGGACCCGGGACAACUCUAGAUCCCAAUCUGGCUUCAUGGGGAAGGAGUCAGACCAAGAGACAAUUGCCCAAUCCCUAAAUACGAACCCAAAUAGCCCUACUGAUGACAUUAAUGCAGAAGCAGAUGACCUGCAGGACCCUCAGGAUCCUCUCUACACUUUGCCAGUCACAGAGCGGCGGCGAGGUAAAGGGGGAACCAAGAGGAGAACACCCUACAGCACCCGCUCAAACCAGCAUGAAGACUUGGCCAUUGAGGAGGCAAGGUCACAGAAAGCUGAAAAAGCGGAGGAGCUAUAUGCUACUUUACCGUAUAUCGUGGGAGUUAUUGGACAUUUUAAUAAAGACUCCAACCCCAUUAUGCGCUUCAAGUGCCCCUUCUGCACACACACCGUGAAGAGGAAGGCAGAUCUGAAGCGUCAUUUGCGCUGUCACACUGGGGAGAGGCCAUACCCCUGUCAGGCCUGCAAUAAACGCUUUACUCGCCUGGAGCAUCUUCGUAGCCAUUUUGAAACAAUCCAUCAAGCCAGGAAGCUGGUGUGCAGGAAGUGUAAAUGUCAAGUGACAGAGGAGACCGGUCAUGUGGUGUGUGAGGGCACACGACGCUAUCGCAUGUGCGCCACAUGCAUCCAGGAAGUGGGUUGUGACGAGAUACCCAUGGACAGUCUAGAGGGGACAAAUGAUGAGCCGGCCCUGUUACUGGGGGUGGACGGGGAGGAGGAGGGGGACACCAAGGGCAGCUGGAUGGUAACAGAUGAUGAUGACCUGGCUGAAGACUCGGGGGCUGACCUCAUCAUCCAACAAGUUGACGACAGUGAUGAAGAUCUGCAAUGAAAUGGAACCAAAGUGUUUUUGUGUGUCGAAGCAGGCAGGGGUAUUGAGUGCCAAUAUUCUGUGUGUCUGAACUGAAGCCAUGUGAGAGAAUUUAUGCAUAGAAUAUGUGAUUCAUUGUAAAUACACACAUUUAUCUUAUAUUUGUUGUCUAAAAAUGCAACUGGUUAAUCUUUACUUUAAGGUUUGUUCACCUCUGUGACAAAAUGGAGUGUUUUUUGUUUAGCUUCAUAAAGAUAUGCAGUAUCCAAAGCAUGAUUAUUUGCUCCUAUUAUAAUUAUGAUUACUCGAUCAUAAAGUAUGUUUUUUGUAUGCAUGCCUUUGCUACUUUUUGGAACUAUGUGCCAGAUACUAGCUGACAUUUGAGCAAAAAAUAGUGACAAGGACAAAAUAAUGCAUCUUUUAUUUCCAUUCCCACUUUGGGAAAAGUUGAAAACAGACUGUCUAUUUCAGUGUUCCAUGGUUGCCGUGCUUUUCAUGAUUAUGUUUGACUAUGAUAUGCACUAUGAUAUAAAGCCAAUUAUAAUUUAUUUUUUACUUUUUGACACGAUAAAGAUAUUUUUAUAUGUUCCUG